GUUCUUUCUCCUUUUUUGAUUUUUGAAACGACGAGUUUAACAACUUAGCUCACACGUCUUCGAUCUUCCUUGCUCAUAUCUUCAACUUCAAAAACGGUGCUCCUAAAUUUCAGAAACACAAAAUUUUCGUUCAUCAAUUACAGUUUUCCGGCACUGGCAUUCCUCUCCGAAGAAGAUGACGAUCGACUUAGAUUCGAUCACUCGCAAAGUCGAUGUCGAUAAUCGCAUUCCUCUCCGUUAUUACUAUCGGAUUGCCGAUAACCUUCUCAAGCAGGCGCGUAUUUACAGGGAGGAGAAUAAUGUAGUUGACUUGUACAUCAUACUCCUUAGAUUUAUAAGUUUGAUUUCCGAGACGAUACCAUAUCAUCGAGAUUACCAAGCUUCACUUGCUAAUGAAAGAGUGGCAUUUAAGAGGAGAUCACUACUUGUAUUGGAUGAGCUUGAGUCCUUGAAGCCUGAAUUUAAACGCCGGUUGGACAAAUUGAAUAAACCACAUGUACAAGCUCCAUUGCCAGAAAAAAAUGGGUUCAAUACAGCUUUGCAGAGUCCAGCAUAUUCAAGUUUGGAAUGGUCAGCUGUCAAUAAAAGACAUGACUCGAACAUGGAUUUCAAACAGUCUGCUGGAGUGGGCUCACAAUCUUCAUGGAAACCUAACAAUACGUUAUCUUCAAUUUCCAUGCCGGUUGACAAGCAGUUUCAGAAAUUAUCUCUGAGUCUACCCCCACCAAAUAAGGAGACCUUGUCAAGACACUCAUUUUUAGGUCCAAGUGGUCUUCGGGCACAAUGGCUCGGACCUAGUGCAGAAAUAAAGGUUCAAUAUCCAAGCAGUAAUGAUCUUAUUCAUGCCAAAGAUUCAAGCGCUGUAAAGUAUGAUCUUGAUGGCAUUAAAGAUGGUGAUCAAGGAUCACUUACAUCCACAAUGGAUUCAAUACUCUCCCUGGAUGAUGGAAGGUGGUCUCAUCCUACUGUUGAGUCCUGUUCUCCUGUUGUAACUGAACCAUGGGAGGACUCCUUACAGUUGCUCAACAUCAAGCAACCUAUGCCUCCUCCUGUUCUUGCUCAGGUUCACCCAGAACAUGCUUCUAUUCCUCCUUCAAAAGUUGCAGAUCCAAGGCCAGGACCGGCAAAAUCUUCUCAUGACUCUGAACUCGGUCCCACUACAUAUCAACACCUACACAUUCCUGUAAAAAUGAUGGAAGAUUUUCUGAGACUUGCUUCAGCAAACACGCGGAAUAAUUUAGAGACUUGUGGUGUUCUUGCAGGAUCUCUGAAAAACAGGGUUUUUCAGAUCACAACACUUAUAAUCCCAAAGCAGGAGGCGACUUCGGACUCGUGUCAAACGUUGGAUGAAGGAGAAAUAUUUGACGUUCAAGACGGCUUGUCGCUUUUUCCUUUAGGUUGGAUACAUACACACCCGUCUCAGACUUGUUUCAUGUCAUCUGUGGAUCUGCACACGCAUUACGCAUAUCAGAUCAUGUUACCAGAGGCAAUUGCAAUAGUCAUGGCUCCUACAGACACAUCAAGUCCACAUGGGAUAUUUCAUCUGUCUGAUCCAGGCGGUGUGUCUGUAAUUCGCAACUGUCAACAACGUGGAUUUCAUCCCCAUGAAGAGCCUUUAGAUGGAAGUCCAAUAUAUGAGCACUGCUCUCAUGUCUAUAUGAAUGCUAACAUGAAGUUUGAUGUUAUUGACCUUCGAGAGAAAUGAUGAAUUGGGCGCACCGAAGAAUUUCUCUUCACAAAUUUUACUAGUACAAGGAUAUACCUUGUUUUCUACCGGAUUCUUUUGUAUUUAUAAAUUAUGAUAGAGAAUUCUGAGCACCAGUCCCAUGAUUUUGUACUAUACUAGCGAAGCUGUGAAAAUAUAGUUGUAUAAAUCUAGCAAUAUUUAAUACACGGUGAAGAAAUGAGAUACUCAAAAUAACUUGAAU